GUUAAAGUUGGAUGUGGAGUCAAAUGAGAAGGGUGGCACUGCUGGCCGGCGCCGGCGGCGGGCGGCGGGCGGCGGGCGGCGGGCGGCGGCAACCUCUGUGGUGGCCUGCAGAGGCGGAGGUGGUUUUCUGAAUGGGUAGAUGUGGAGGUGUCACUGCGGAGAUGUCACUUUGAAUGUGUCACUGUGGCGGUGUCACUGUGGUUGGCAGCGGUGACUGGUGGUGGCGGCGGCAGUGACACCAGCGGUGGCCGUAGUGACACGGGCGGUGGCCGUAGUGACACAGGCGGUGGCCGCAGUGACACGGGCGGUGGCUACAGUGACACGGGCGGUAGCGGCAGUGACACGAGCGGUGGUGGCAGUGACACUUGAUAAAACACGAUAGUGACAUUUAAAUUUGGGAAUGACAUUAAUAUGCACUUCUUGAUCACUUUUUUGCCUCUUUUUAAAAGUGGUCACUUUUUUGAUAAUUGGUUCAAAAUUAGUAAUAUUGAGGACAUAAUCCCAAUUUUUAAGCGUUUGGAAAGGAUGCCUUAAGAAUAGCCCAAAAUCCAAAAUAGAAAAAGCCAAUCACUUUUGAAAGCCAGAGUUGAGCGUCGAUUCAAUCGAAGGAAGCCUCCGUCCUCAGCAGUCGGCCAAGGCCACCUCCGUCCUCCGUGACUUCCGUGUAAGCCUCUAGGGACGCCGCCGCAGCUUAUAUCAAUUAAUGGAGAAUCCACAGCUUAAAGAGAUAUUAGAGAAGCAAGUGCUGACGGUAGUGAAGGCCGUGGAGGACAAGCUCGAUGAAGAGAUUGCGGCCUUAGAUCGGCUAGAUCUCGACGACAUUGAGGUACUGAGGGAGCGAAGAUUGCAGCAAAUGAAGAAAAUGGCAGAGAAGCGGAACCGUUGGAAGUCUCUCGGCCACGGGGAGUAUUCGGAAAUUAUGUCUGAGAAAGAUUUCUUCUCCAUAGUUAAGGCCAGUGAGCGCGUUGUCUGUCAUUUCUACCGCGACAAUUGGCCUUGCAAGGUAGUGGAUAAACAUAUGCGUAUACUGGCAGAACAACAUAUAGAGACACGUUUUGUUAAAAUUCAUGCCGAGAAAAGUCCAUUCUUAGCCGAGAAGCUGAGGAUUACUAUUCUCCCAACAAUCGCCCUCGUAAAAAAUGCUAAAGUGGAGGAUUAUGUGGUCGGAUUCGAUGAGCUUGGUGGAAAAGAUGAUUUUAGCACCGAGGAGCUAGAAGAGAGAUUAGCCAAAGCUGGAGUCAUCCAUCUUGACACUGAAUCAUCUUUACAUGCAUCAAAAUCAAAAUCAAAAUCAAAAUCUAGGAGUGUUCGCCAAAGUUCAAAUGCAGAUUCGUCUGACUCUGACUAAAUGGCAACUGAAUAUUAUGUAUUUUGUACCAAACUUCUAUUUCGUCUAGACCUAUUUAGCAUAAUUGUUUAUUCCCCUUGUUUUGAGAUUCUUAGAAAAUAUGGUCUUUCAGAAGUGAUUUUGUGAUUUCUC